AUGCCUUAUUUGUAUUCCAAGCAGAAAGGUACUGUAUGGGGCGAAUCAAGACAAAAUUAGAAUGAAAGGUAGAGCAUUGUUAGAUUAUUAUUUAAGAAAGUCUCUCUAUCAUAAAGAAUCACUUCAUCCCUUUAUAAUAAAUAUGCUGAAUCUCAAAACUAUUAUUACACCAAGGUAAUUAAUGAUUUGAUACUCAACUAACCAACAAAGGCUACAAUUUGGUUUAAAGAUUUAGAAUAAUAUGAUUAAGAAGUGGAACAAUGCAAAAAGCUCUACUCGUUAUAAUCAUAUCCAAAGAAAAUCAAGAUUUUGGUUGAAUUUUAUAGAUUCCAUAAGGAUAUUCCAAGGUGGGCCGUUAAUGAAUAAAUAGUUUCCAUCCUAAACGAAUUUUACAAUCAAAGAAGGAAAUUGGAAUACUAUAAAAUACAACAUCUCAUUGAAUUGGAAAACCAACAAAACCCCAAUAGAACUCCAAAAGGUAUUGUGGGAGAACAACCUUAAGAAUCCUAAAGCACUCCCAAAUCAUCUUAGGAAUCAGGUUAAGUAGUUGGAAAUGUUUUGGAUGAAUUGAAUACAGAGUUAAAAUAAAGGACACAAACUUAGCAAAGUGAAAUUAAUGAAAUUAUUUCUGCUUUAAAUGCUAAUCCAAUGAGAAAGCAACCAAACUUAUAAUAAAUAAUCAAAAAUCAACAAUUUAUUCUGAAUGAACAAAGAUUAUAGUAAUUCAUAAACUCAGAGAAACUUAAAAAAAUCAACUUAAUAAUAAAUUAAUAAAAAGCAACCAGUCAAACUCAAAGGAACUAUAAAUAAAAGUAAGACAAGAGCGAUUCCUUCAAAACUUAAAAUUUCAACUAAAACUGUUGGACUUCUAGAAACAAGACAUCCAAAACUGCUCAUGCCCAGAUUUUAAGUUUAUUAAAAUAAAGAGUAAAGGUAAAAUUAGAAUUAAAAAACAAAAUGAAAGCGAAGGCGAUUACUAGUAACACAUCUUUAAGGAGUCUCUAAAAAAACAUUGAAUCGCCAACGACAACAAGAAAUGUCUAAUUGCAAAAAUAACGAUUUAACUAAAAGAAAUCUUUGAAAGCAAAUACAUUCCAUGUAAAUCAAUCGAGCAAAAAUUUAAUUGUGAGUUUAUUGGCUAAUAGAAAUACAACUGUGCAUGUUGAUGCAAAUUAAAAAAAUCUCCUUUUGGCAAAAUUGAACAUCCUAAACACCCCUAGAUAGAUUUUAAAUUGA